AUGUAAGAAAAACUAUAGGAUGCUUACAAUAAAGGACUCUAAAUUAUUGAAUAAUAUGAAGAUAAUUCUAAUGAAACUACAUAAUGUUUAUAUGACAAAGAUUAUUAGAAAAUUUAAUUCUAUUCGAUAUAUGAUAUAGAAAUACCCAAUUCAUUAAUCCCUUGCAAAUAGUUUGGGAUUUCAUAACUCUAUAAUAAUUUUGCUCUUAUAAAUGCUUUUAAUGUGUUACAAUCAUAGAUUUAUCUAAUGAAGAGUAUUUUUGAGAGAACAGAAGAUCCUUUUGCUGUUUGGCUUUGUGACCAAGGUGAAUGGAAAAUAAUCAUAGUAAAUGAUAAAGUGCCUUGUGUUAAAAAUGUGAAUAAUAAAAUUGAAACUACCUUCAAAUGUAAUUUAUAAUGGCCAAUCAUAAUUGAAAAAGCAAUUGUCAAAUUACUAGGUGAUAGUUAUAAUUUAUUGAAUGAUUUAGUAACUACAUCGAUAUCAUCUUUUAUAUAUGUAAUGUGAUAUUAAAUAUUUAAGCUUUUGAUAGGAUAACCAAUUUCAAAAAUAUAAAUGAAAACAAUAUAGGAAUUGUAAUCUCAAUUAGAGUAAAAAAAUUCUAUUUUUUAUAUUGAGGUUUAUUAUAAAUAGAGACAUAAUGCCUAUGUAAUAACUUCAGUAAAAGAAAAUAAUGUUGUAUUAUAAGCCAUAAACUAAGAUUUAAUUUAUAAUGAAGGUGUUAUAUUAUAAGAUUCCAAAUUUCUUUUAAAAUGGAGUCAAUUCUAACUAUAAACUAUAUUUUAAGUUCAUUUGAAUUAUGGUUAUCAAACAUAUACUUUUACAAUGUAAUAGCCAAUGAAAAGAAUUUAGUAAUUUAUUGAACAUACAUAUAUUUAUACUUUUAAAAUUAAUAACAAACAAAAAAAUGAAGCAACUUAUUGGAUAUCAAUUUGUUAAAGAGAUUAAAAUAUGAAUUCAUCAUAAUAAAAGAAAGAAAUAAAAUAUGGAUUAAUAAGACUUUUAUUAUUUAAAAAUAAUAAUAAAACAUAUUAAUUUCUUUCUGAAUCUAUUGAUUGUAAUUAAAAUCUUUUUCUUGAAACUGAAUUAUCAUCAGGUACAUACACAUUAGUUUGUUAAGCAGAAUAUUUUGAUUUUGAAUCAAUACCUGAAGAAUUGUAAAAUUAAUAAUCAACAUUGAAAUUAUAAAUUUAAGGUAUUCAAAUAACAUAAAAAUUUGAUUAAACAAAUCAAAAUGAAUAAAAAUUAAGAGAAUUAAUUAUAACAAUGAUUAGAUAAAAAACAACAACUUAAAAUCUUUAUAUAUACAAAGAUGAAGAAUUUCCAUAAGUAUAAAGAACUUUGGAGAGAACUAAAGGAUUUCUAUAUAUUUAUUAUGAGAAUCAUGGUGAUUCUAAUUUUGAAGAAUAUUUAGAGUUUAUUACACAUCGAAAUUUAAUCAGACAUGAAACUUAAGAAAUGGAUACUAAAAUAAAGGUAUCUAUACCUCCUAAACAAUAUAUGUUAUAUCUUUACAAAUUUGACCCUAAGGUUUUACUUGAUUCUAAUUCAAUUUCAUUUGAAUAUUAAAUAAGCUUUUAUAAUAAAAUACAAUCAGAAAUAGUUGAAAGACCUUCAUUAUUUGAUUAUAUAUAUUCAUAAAAAAAUCUUUAAUAUAAGGAAAUAAAAAAUCCUGAAAUUUUCAUUUAACAACAUGGAUAAGGUAUCAUAUUUAUUUUUAUAUUAUUAGGAGUUUUAUUUCUUUUUUAGAAUAUAGAAAGUAAUUCUAUAGAUGUAGAAUGCGAUUUAACAUUGAAUAAUCUAAAAAUUUUAUAUAAUGACACAAUAACUUUAAAAGAAAAAAUAAUUAAAUUUUAGAUGAAACCAAAAACUAAAUAAUUUAUCUUAUUAGAAAUUAUAAACCAAAGAUAAAAGUAUUACAAUUAUAAAAUGAAAGUAAGUGUUUAAAAUUUAAAAUGA